AUUGCUGUCUUCUCUCCCAAUCUUCACGCAUCUCUCGCACCUUCUUCCUAAUCUCUUCAAGCCUGCGCUUCUUGUGUUUCAGGUCAGACAUAUUCGUCUCCACAAGUAAGUGAAGACUUUAGAGGGUUCUGGAGACUUCACAUCAUGGGAAGCCGAUUGGGAAGGAGAGUGGUUCACUUUGCAAAUCUACCGAUCAAGCUCCUCAUGCCAUCUUCCUUCACCAACGUCACAGAAAUUGCGCUGAAGACCAUCCCUUCUGCUUCCAAAAUCGAGAUCAAGCGAGUCCUCGAAUCCCUAUAUGGCUUCGACGUCGAAAAGGUGCGAACCCUAAACAUGGAGGGCAAAAAGAAGAAACGAGGUGGUUUGUUAAUCGCGAAGCCCGACUAUAAAAAGGCCUACGUAACCCUGAGGAACCCGCUCUCCAUCUCGCCGGAUCUUUACCCGAUUCGCAUGAUCGAGGAGGAGAAGAAGCGAGCUAACAAGCAGUCCAAGUCGAGCGUCGUUGAGGAUGGCGAAACCAAGAGGCAUUGGCUUGAUCAGAGGAAGGAGAGCGAGAGGUUUAAGCCUGAGAAGGUUUUGAACGAUAGAAGGACAAGUCGUGCUGAUGGUGCUGCCAAGUUUCCCUGGAGCAGCAUGAAGUCUGGUACCUUCAGUGCUAGGUACUCUUUUUGUUCUUCUGGCGAAAUAAGACUGGCUUGGUGCAAAGAUACAUUAUGGGCUAAAAGUGCUAGAGCCGGUCUCAAGAGUUGAUUUUGGGCUUUUUGUAUUUCAAAAUUAAAAGUUAGUCCAGUUGGUAAUGAAUACCUUGACUUUAGUGAGUUUUCAAAAAUCAACUGGACUAAACUUGUUAUACUAAAAAAAAAAAAG